CCUGUCAAGCUCUCGUCACUUCAAUCCUCGCGAUCCCGGCCGCCAUUAGCAAGCACACUAGAGCUCUAGCUAGGUCGUCUCUCGGAGAGACGCCUGGAUUUCCCUCUUGGAGUAAGCCAAGAUUUGAUCUGAUCAAUCUGCUGCAAGCGCGAACAAGUUCAGCUAGCUAGGUGUUUGUUGGGCGGCCAUGGCCGACGAGUCGUCGUCCCCAGCUUCUUACAUCCGAUUGGUGCAGCAUCUCAUCGAGAAGUGCCUCUGCUACGACAUGGACAAGGAGGAAUGCGUGAAGGCGCUGGAGAAGCACGCCAACAUCAUGCCCGCCGUCACCUCCACUGUGUGGAAGGAGCUGGAGAAGGAGAACAAGGAGUUCUUCGAGACAUACAACAAGGACCAAGGCUCGCAGAGGACCAGUCCUUCGUCGGAGCAGUCGUCUACGUCGAGGAGCUCGGACGACAACGACAACUAGGGACGGGAACCAUGCAUAUACGUGUUGUAUACUGUAAAUAAAUCGCAGCUAGCCACGUGCCCUGACGGCUGGCCCAGCUAGCUAGCUAAGCUGGAUGAUCCCUCCAUGGUGGACGGUUGGUCGAAAUUCGAAAAGAUUCAGAAUCACCGAUCGACCGGAGUGUCCAGGUUUAUCUGGUAUAUAUUGUACACGUGGAUGAGGGAAGUGUACGUCGUACAGUUGUAAGUGUGUCGAUCGAUGAUCGUAACUUGUAAUAUGUACCCAUCUAGUGCGUGAGCGGCGACCGGCUGGUUACUGUCAGAGGAAAAGCCGCCCUUGUCUUGUUCUGAUC